AUGCGUUUCUUGGAGAUAGGUUGCAAUUGUGGUUGCUCAAAAAUAAUUCCGAGAGAGAAGUUUGCCGAAUUACGUGAGGCGUUUCAAGCUCUCUCUAGAUCCGAACAAGAUAUAUUUUUAAUGGCCCAGUUGAAAGCAAUGAAUGGUGGAGAAACAACUGCCAGUCGACGUCUUAAAAAGAAAACGCGAAUUGGCCGCACGCACUUCGAAAACGCCAGAAAUCCUCUAGCAACGAAUGGUAUAAUACCACGCGUUCAUGGUAACAUCAAACGAGUACCGCGAUGGAAAACCAAAAUAACCAUUGAUAUAAACGUUGCUACUGCCGUGAAGAAUUUUCUCGAAAACUAUGCUGAAAUUCAUGGAUUACCAAGUCCUGGUAGAAAUGUAAACCGCAUUACUCAAUCGCUUACACUUUUACCAGCUGAAACGAGUUACAAAUCGGUCUAUCGUGAUUUUAUUGCAGGUCUUGAAAACGAUAGCACUCCACGAACGGAUUUGUGUGACACGUGUCAACAUUUUCGGAACGGCUUACAAUACAAUGCUCGCAAGGAAGAAGAAGCAAGAGACUUACUAAAAAGAUUCAAAGAACAUUUAGUUAAAGCUAAGUUAGAGAGAAACUAUUACAACAAGAAUACGAAAUUAGCAGAACAACAGAGAAAAUUGUUACGAUUGAGCGCAAAAUGUUCACGUCCCCCAUUCCGAUCAACAGAUGAUGCAGUACGCGAACAAAUUAAUUACGUUCUCGAUGAAAACGAAAUUAUCGGUAAAGGACCUAAUGGCACACUGAGUAUGGUAUUCGAUGGAAUUAAAAGAUUGAAUAAAGUAAUUUGCGGUUAUUAUGAAAGUAUCGAAUUAAAUUUUAUGAUACCUGGGCAUACUAAAUUCAAGUGUGAUGGUAGUUUUGGACUGAUCAAAAAACUUUAUAGAAAAACGACCGUAGAUUGUGUGGAUCAUAUUGUUGAGGUUGUGAAAAAAUCGAGCAUAGCGGGAUUAAACAAGGCUCAGUGCUACGAAAACGGCAAAGGCUUUCAAUAUUUAGAUCUUAAUUCCGU